CUAAUUAACACAUUGAGUACAAGUGUACAACCUUCCAAAACUCAUGGUAAAUUUAACCACAUAAAACCUCUAAUUACUUUCCAUUUAUUUCCAACCGAAAAAUCCCAGUGCAAUGGGAAACAAUUUCUGGGCCAUAUUCUGUGGAGAUUCAGUCUACCCAUAUGAAUAUGAAGAACUUGAUUCAAUUUUUGCAGCUACAAUCAACCCAGAUUCAUGUAUAAACCACAUCCAAGUAAUCUCCACUAAUUUAUUGCUCAUUUUGUUAUCUUUGUUCAUUAUUUUUUCCACUUUUAAUACUCCAACAAUCAGGAAUUUUGCUUCUGUAUUAAGAAUUUCUUCUGCUGCUGUUAAUAUUGUUCUGAGUUUAGCAUACUUGGUUUUGGGACUGUGGAUUUUGGAGGACAAUAUAAGAAGUGAAAAGACCACUUUGCCCCUGCAUGGAUGGUUGGUUCUGCUCUUUCAGGGGCUUUCAUGGCUGUUUCUGAGUUUGAUUUUCAGCUUUAAGAGGUCUCACUUGUUAAAGUUAUGUGCUGUUGUUUCUGGCUUUUAUGCUGCAGUUAUGUUUAUGAUUGCUUUUUAUGAAGUAGUUGUUUUCAGGAGAGUGAGAUCAGUUAAGGUUAUAUUUGAUGUUCUGUUGCUUCCAGGAGUUGUUCUGCUACUAUUUUGUGUUUUUAGAGAGCAUUUAGAUAACCAAGAGUCAGAAUCGGAAUCAAAUUUUUGUUUAGAUGAGUCUUGUGUACCUUUACUUGAUAAUGUGGAUAAUACUUAUACCACUGAUGAAAAUCAAAGUCUGUUUUCGAAAGCUGGAUUCUUCAGUAGAAUGUCAUUUUGGUGGCUGAAUCCACUGAUGAAGAAGGGUAAGGAUAACAUUCUUCAGGAUGAAGAUAUUCCUAAACUGAGGCCUGCUGAUCAGGCGGAAACAUGCUACCUCGAUUUCAUGGAGAAACUUAGCAAUAAGAAAGAAAAAAGAUCAAGCUCCAUCUUUCCUGCUGCCAUAUUUUCCUGGCAAUGGAAUGGCAUUAUGACUUCUGGGGCCUUUGCAUUUAUUAAGGUCCUUACACUCUCUACUGGGCCCCUUUUCCUCAAAGCAUUCAUUGAUAUAGCUGAAGGGAAAAAGGGUUUCAAGUAUGAAGGUUAUGCAAUCACUUUUCUGCUUUUCUUCACAAAAAGCUUGGAAUCAUUGUCAGAGAGGCAGUGGUGCUUUAGGACUAGAUUGAUUGGAUUGCAGAUAAGAUCUAUGUUAUCUGCAGCUGUUUACGCGAAGCAAUUCAGACUCUCGAAUGAUGCUAAAACGAGUCACACACCCGGUGAGAUAAUCAACUAUGUCACUGUUGAUGCUUACAGAAUUGGUGAAUUCCCUUUCUGGUUUCAUCAGAUAUGGACUGUGGUUCUUCAAAUGUGCAUUGCUUUAGGGAUUAUCUACUACUGUGUUGGAAAUGCAACUAUUGCAGCAUUACUGAUAGUUGUUAUAGCAGUACUUGGAAAUUCUCCCUUGGGAAAAUUGCAGCACAAAUACCAAACAAAGCUUAUGUUAGAACAGGAUAAAAGGGUGGGGGCCAUAACUGAAGCAUUGGUGACAAUGAAGGUACUGAAGGUAUAUGCUUGGGAAAAUCACUUUAAGAAAGGGAUUGAAAACUUUAGGGAAAUGGAAUUCAGAUGGUUGACUGCUGUGCUUCUACAGAAAGGGUAUUAUAUGAUUCUUUUCUGGUCAUUUCCAAUAUUGAUGUCUAUAUCUACAUUUGGGGUAUGCUGUUUCUUAGACAUUCCUUUGAAUGCUGGUAAUGUUUUUACAUUUCUAGCUACUUUGAGAAUUGUUCAGGAGCCUGUGAGGUUGAUUCCGGAUGUUGCUGGAGCGUACAUACAAGCAAGUGUAUCAUUAGACAGAAUCAUAAGGUUCCUUGAUGCAACUGAGUUGCAGAAUCAACAUAUUCAGGAAAUGAAAAGAGGAAAGGAGUUACAGAUGUCUAUAGAUAUAAGAAGCACGGGGAUUUCAUGGGAUUGCUCACUGAAACCAACCCUUAGAAAUUUGAAUUUACUAGUUAAACACGGAGAGAAGGUAGCCAUUUGUGGAGAGGUUGGAGCCGGUAAAUCCACACUCUUGGCAGCCAUUCUUGGAGAAGUUCCGAAUAUCAAUGGCACUGUGCAAGUUAAUGGAAAGCUUGCCUAUGUAUCUCAGACAGCAUGGAUUCAAACUGGGACUAUAAGAGAGAAUAUUCUGUUUGGUUCUUCUAUGGAUCAUCAAAGAUAUCAAGAUACACUUGAAAGGUGCUCAUUAGUAAAAGAUAUUGGCAUGCUUCCGUUUGGUGAUCUCACAGUAAUUGGGGAAAGAGGAGUUAACCUUAGUGGUGGACAGAAGCAGCGAGUGCAGCUAGCACGUGCCUUGUAUCAGGACGCUGAUCUUUACCUCCUGGAUGAUCCAUUCAGUGCUGUUGAUGCCCACACUGCGGCUAGUCUAUUCAAUAGAUAUGUCAUGGGAGCUUUGACAGGAAAAACCGUACUGCUAGUUACUCACCAAGUUGACUUCCUUCCUACAUUUGAUUGUGUCUUGUUGAUGGCCGAAGGUGAAAUUAUAAAGUCGGGCACUUAUGAACAAUUGAUGACUUCAAGCCCCGAGUUUCAAAAUCUAGUCAAUGCGCAUAACAACACACUUCAGUCUGACAGUUGUAAAGAGAGUACAAUAUCUUUACAGAGUAGAAGUCCGCAAAGUGAAGAAAGAGAUUUGUUUCAUCAGGACAAAGCACAAACAUAUUUGGGUGAUCAAUUGAUUCAGAAAGAAGAAAGAGAGAUAGGAGACAAUGGUUUUAGGCCUUAUAUACAGUACCUAAGUCACGGAAGAGGUUUCUUAUACUCAUCCUUGGCAGUCUUAGCCCAUAUCUUAUUCCUUGUUGGGCAGUCUAUACAAAGUUAUUGGUUGGCUACUAAUGUUCAAAAUUCUGGUGUUAGUGAGCUGAAAUUGGUGACAGUGUACUCAGUUAUAGGAUGUAGUGUGGGGCUUUUCUUGUUCAUAAGAUCGUUUUCCAUAGUUUCCCUUGGUCUUGAGACUUCACGGUCAAUAUUUUCUACAUUACUCAACUCCCUUUUUAGAGCACCAAUGUCCUUCUUUGAUGCCACUCCUCUGGGAAGGAUACUCAGUCGGGUAUCUUCAGACAUAAGUAUCAUUGACCUUGAUGUAGCCAUGAUGAUAAGCAUGACCUUAGCUUCUACACUAACAGCUUUCUUCAGCUUCGGUAUCCUGGCUAUUGUUACUUGGCAAGUCUUGCUUGUCAUUGUGCCUAUGGUUUAUCUGACUAUACUCAUACAGCAAUAUUAUUUUGCAUCAGCAAAAGAGCUGAUGCGGAUCAAUGGAACUACAAAGUCCACACUGGCAAGCAAUCUUGCCGAGGCCAUUUCAGGAGCCACCACAAUACGAGCUUUUGGGAAGGAAGAUCAGUACUUUUCAAAGGCUGUUGAGCUUAUAGACAAGAAUGCGAGCCCUUUUUUCCAUAGUUUUUCUUCCAAUGAAUGGUUGAUCCAACGCUUAGAGAUGCUAUGUGCAGUUAUUCUCUCAAGCUCCGCUCUUGCCCUGACUUUGCUUCCUUUCAGCGAAGCCAACUCUGGAUUUAUUGGGAUGGCACUUUCCUAUGGCCUAUCCUUGAAUAUUUAUCUAGUGAGUUCUGUCCAAAACCAGUGCAUGCUGGCUAAUAUGAUAGUUUCAGCUGAAAGACUAGAACAGUACAUGCACAUUCCUGCAGAAGCCCGUCAAAUUGUGCACGAAAAUAGACCUCCCCUUACUUGGCCUGAUUUAGGAAAAAUUGAGAUCUGUGAUUUGAAGGUUAGAUAUAGACCCAAUGGUCCACUGGUUCUUCAAGGGAUCAGUUGCAUCUUUCAAGGUGGAAGCAAGAUUGGGAUAGUUGGGAGGACCGGAAGUGGAAAAACAACCCUUAUUAGCACUUUGUUUCGCUUAGUAGAGCCUUCAAAGGGAAAGAUCAUCAUAGAUGGAAUUGACAUUUGCACCAUUGGGCUUCAUGAUCUUAGAUCUCACCUCAGCAUCAUCCCUCAGGACCCCACGCUUUUUAGUGGUUCAGUUCGUCACAAUCUAGACCCCUUGUCACAGCAUACAGAUCACGAGAUCUGGCAGGUUCUUGAGAAGUGCCAGCUCCGAGAUGUUGUUCAGAACAAAGAAGGCGGCCUGCACUCCUCAGUUGUACAAGAUGGAUCAAAUUGGAGCAUGGGACAACGGCAAUUAUUUUGUCUAGGACGAGCAUUACUGAAGAGGAGAAAGAUACUAGUUCUAGAUGAAGCUACAGCAUCCAUUGACAAUACCACCGAUGCAAUCCUGCAGAAAACCAUAAGAACUGAAUUCAGUAACAGCACAGUUGUUACAGUGGCUCAUAGAAUACCAACUGUAAUGGACUGCACACGCGUUCUAGCUGUUAGUGACGGGAAAGUGGCCGAGUUUGACGAGCCAAUGAAACUCAUGAACAAGGAAGAAUCAUUGUUUGGGAAACUUGUUAGGGAGUACUGGUCAUAUGCUGAAAAUGCCAGUACGUGCGAAGAUGAACUCCAGUGAGCCUCGUUUACGAACUAAUUAUAACCAUUUUAGCAUGCACCACAGUAAAUCUAGUAGAAUAGGUAUUACCAAAUUUUUUUUUUUUUUUUUUGACAGCAAAGGCAUUACCAGUUUUGUAAAGUUAUUUUACUCAUGAUGUGAGUACAGAAACUUCACCUUAUUGUUACUAGUAUAAUAAUGGAAACAGGGGAGAAUCUUCAAUUUGGGGAAGGACCUCUGAUAAGUUUUUUGAAA